GGACAUAGAGAAGGACUUACACCAGAGUGCUGCCUGAGCACCUUACAAUCUGAAUAUUCUGCUUAUUUGCUCAUCCUCGACAGCUACAUCAAGGAAAACAGAACUUGCUCAUCAAGGAAAACAGAACUUGCUCAUCAUGGAGACUGCAAAAGUCGAUAGAAAAUCAAGAAGGAUUUUAAAACCAGUAAUUGAGAAGCAGCGUCGGGACCGAAUCAACGGGAGACUGGAGGAGCUGCGCGCUCUGCUGCUUAGCACCACGCAGGAUACGCGACUUAGAAAUCCCAAGCUGGAGAAAGCCGAAAUUCUGGAGCUGACUGUGGAGUUCAUCCGUAAGAAAGCUGACGGCCAACACACUUCCCAGACAUUGGUGGAAUCCAAAGACUCCCAGAGCAGACCCAGUGGAACCCAGGCAGUGGGCCCCACAGCAGAGCUGAGAAAUGUGGCGAGCACCUGCACGAGGGGACCCAUUGGUCAGUGCCAGUCACUGGGCCCUGCAGCAGAGCAGCGCAGUCGGACGGACAGCUACACGAGGAGGCCCAGUGGCAGUACAGAGCCUAGAGACUCCUGUGCCAACCUCAGCACCAGAGCUGGGGAUGUGUUCACGUUGCCUGGCAACCACAACACCCUCUAUCCCACCGCUUUCAGUCUUCAUCCCUUUGCCCAUCACCAUCAUCCUCACUUCCCUCUUCCUCCUCCGCAGAUCUCUCCAUCUCUGCACCCAUUCCCUUCUCCUUCGUACUCCCUGCCUCCUCCGCAGAUCUCUCCAUCUCUGCACCCAUUCCCUUCUCCUUCGUACUCCCUGUCUCCUCCCUCCUCCCCCUGCUACUCCUCCCUUUCUCCUCCUCACUACUCCUCCUCUCCCCCGUACCUCUCCGUCGCCUCCUGCCGUUUCAUCUUCCCCGCGUCUCUCUCUCCCGCGUCAUCAGACCCCUCCUCCUCCUCAGCCAGCUCCCCUGCCACCUCACCGGGGGUCACCAUGGCAACGCCGCCCAGCUCCAUCACCCACCCCAGCUCUGCUGCUCCUCCCGCUGCCCCUGUUGCCUUGAUGACGACACCGGUGCAGUUCCGCUGCCCUGUGGACAGAGGUCAGCCCCGGCGGACUCUCUUCCACGCCAGCUCUGCUGCCUGCAGCUCCCCUGUGUGGAGGCCCUGGUCCUCCUGAGACGCCUCGCCUUGAAGCUCCACGCCCUGUAGCGCCUCCAUGUGGAGACACUCAAUAAGCUCACCGAAGAUUCCAGACUGCUGCUGCUGAAAAUCAGCCCUAAUGAGACCAACAUUCAUAGUUUUAUUAUUUCCUCUUGACGCAUGGACUCACUUUAAAGAGACUACUAGGAGCUUAAGAAGCAAUCCUGAGAAGUCUACUCAAGCUGUUUUAAUGAAUUAAAUGAUGCAAAUCUGAGGAAUUCAGGCUAAAUUCUUCAAGCAUCUUCUCAUGUUUUUCAUGUAGAAUUUCCUUUUCUCAGCUGUUUACAUUUCCUCAUCACCCUGGAAACCAUCUAUUGUGUCUGUCUU